AUGCAUGCCACAAUUAAGACAUUUGAAAAUAAUAUUACGGAUCCGAUUGCUCUGAGCGCUUGUGUUGUUUACCAAGAAAAUGCAUCCCUGUUAGUUUUUAUUUCUGUAUCGCAUCGCGGUGAGUUUCUGUUUCUUGGAAAUUCGGUUUGUGAAAUGACUAUUUAUUACAAGCACAGCAUCAUCAACGGUGAUUGCAAGACCUACUGCAAUCCUGACGGUUUUUCUCUUGGUAAAUGCGUUCUGGUCGUGACCAAGGGUGGUCUCCCAAAUUGGGCGGGAAUAAGGCUAUUGUUGCAGAACAAAACGCCACAACCACUGCUGUGGUAAAUAUGUUCCAGCAGUACUGCCCACCGCCGUCGGUGUAAUGAUUUCGAUAGCUGAACAAACGCCAUCUCCUGGGCAUUCCCACAUGCCGACAAUAGCUUUUAUAUCACGUGUGAAUGCAACUGCGGCUAAAUUUGGUUAUUAACAGUGCAAUAGUGCCAUGUUAUUGGCGAAAACACUAAGGGCUGCUGGCACAUAGAGGUAAAGUUUUUGGAAUCGAUGAACUUACUCGAAGAAGGCGAUGGCCGAAAACAUUUGGCCAGUGGCUGAAACGGUAUUACCGAUGGCAACUGGCAACUGAAAGCUGGCAACUGAGUUGCUAUAUUGGCAACUACAUUCUUGUGGCUGCCGGGAAAUUUUGAUUGAGAUACUGUAUUUCUUUUUUCAACUUUUUUUUUCAAUUUGUAUCACCUUGAACUUUAUGAAACUUAAAUAUUGCUAUUCAUAAUAACCAACAUUUUCAUUUCAGUGGCGCUGUCCAUCGGCAGCCCAACUGAGGUACCGUUCCAUAAUCGAUCCAUAA